GUGGAAUGUGGGAGGAAAAACAGGAAUAAGAAGGCUGCUGAGAAAGACAAACCCUCCUUCUGUUGUUGCUGACUUCUCAUUUCUCUUCACAACACCUCAGCCCUCUCCGUCACCCGCUGGUGCAAAAUCACACCAACACGUAUCGCUUCAGGGCUCUUUGAUCACCUCCAAUAACAGGAGUCUCAUCUGAUCAGCUGCUGCUCAUCAACGCCUUCCAUAUCAACAACAACGGGCAGGAAAUCACAUUAAUCCACGGCAACGCGGCCUUUCAGCAACGCUUCCUUCUGCCCACUUUUCAUGAGUCUGAGGCGGCCGGCAGCAGAGAGGGAUGUGCUGAAGGGUGUCAGUUGGCAGAGGUCGCCGUCGGAGGAGGAAUAACGGAGUGGAAAACGCUCAGCAUGAAUGCAGCUCCGGUGUGCAACAGCAGAUCAGGUUGUCCUGGAUCCGACAGAUGCUUCACGGGAUGCUGAGGACGAGGUGAGUAACAUGUCGGUCUCCAUGGUAACAGACACCUACCUGUCCACCCAUUGGUCGGUCGCCCCCGAGGCCCCGGGGGGCUCCAACGCCACCAACUGGAAGCGGGACGCCCUGCUGGCGGUGGCCGAGGUGGUGGUGCUGGGGAUCAUCUUGGUGAUGGCGUUGCUUGGCAACGGGCUGGUGCUGGUGGUGCUGCUAAGGCGCCGGCGACAUCACAACCCGCUGCAGCAGUUCAUGCUCAACCUCUGUCUGGCCGACCUGGUGGUGGCGCUGUUCCAGGUGCUGCCCCAGCUGGUGUGGGACGUUCAGGGUCGGUUUCCCGGCCCAGACUUCCUGUGUCGCCUGGUGAAAUACCUCCAGGUGCUCGGCAUGUUCGCCUCCUCCUACAUGAUCGUUGCCAUGACGCUGGACCGCCACUACGCCAUAUGCUGCCCCCUGCAGGCGCAUCGCAGCAGAGCCACGCAGCGCUGCAACUCCUUCGUGGUGUCGGCCUGGGGGCUGUCGCUGCUGCUCAGCCUGCCGCAGGUUUUCAUCUUCUCCCGCUCUGAAGUGGCUCCAGGAAUCUACGAAUGUUGGGGGAACUUUGCCGAGUCUUGGGGCCUGAAGGCCUACGUGACCUGGAUGACCGUGUCGGUCUUCAUCCUGCCUGUCCUCAUCAUCACCGUCUGCCAGGUUCGCAUCUUCAGGGAGAUCCACAACAACCUGUACCUGAAGUCGGAGCGCCGCCUGUCGCCCUCGUCUUUAACGGCGUCCAGACGAGACAGCCAGCGAAGGGGAGGAGCCAGGGGGAAGUCCGGCCUCCCCCUCCACGUCUCACCCCUCGUCUUCAACAACCCCAGAAAUCAAACCUCCUGUGAUUCCAGCUGCCUGCCGAUGGGUCCGAUCAGGUCCAGCAGCAUCACGUCCUUCACAUCCACUAUCUGCCCCACCGACCCUCCGGUUCCCUUCACUAUCUGCCCCUCUGACCCUCCCAAAGCUCCUCCUGCCCGGGGCGGGGAGGUGUCGGCCGCCAUAUCCAAGACGGUGAGGAUGACGCUGGUCAUCGUUCUCGUCUACUCGCUCUGCUGGGCGCCGUUCUUCAGCGUCCAGCUGUGGGCCGCCUGGGGUCCCGACCCGCCUCAGAACGGUGCAGCGUUCACCUUGCUCAUGCUGCUGGCCAGUCUGAACUCCUGCACCAACCCCUGGAUCUACUCUGCCUUCUCCAGCAGCGUCUCCCCGGAGCUUCGGCUGCUGCUGCUCUGCCGGAUGAGCUCCCAGCGCCGGGGCUCUUUACCGAAUGACUCCACCACCACACACACCUCCAGCUACUGAAUACACAGCGAAGCUACAGCCCGCCUUGUGGGACAUAAUUACCCCACUGAGGCUGCUGGUAGUCGGACUGUUUCAGGAGCUACACUCGGGGUUUUACCAAACGUUAGCUUCUCUAGACAGGAUUCAGAGGCCUGUGGUUAGCAAGGGUUAUCUUAGCGUAAAGACUGGACACAGGCAGAAAAACAUUAAGCUUAACUUGGUUCAAAGACAAUACAAACAAAAUUAAAUCCACCUACCAGCACCUUGAGGGCUCACUGACACACAAGUACAUAUAUAUUUAAAAUAAAAUAAUCUGUACAGACAGAAGUGCCAUUUUUUGUAUCCUACAGAUUCCUAGCUGAGGCGGGAAGUGUCCAGGAAGUAGCCUGGCCCAAAACGGUUUUCAAAAUGGCGUCUUGUAGUUUUUCCCCUUUUUUGUUGUACAAAUUAUUCAAACAAAAUACAGCAUGUGAAAUAGUACGCUUUAGUGUUGUUGUUGGACGAUUUAGCUUCUAUUAGACAUCAGUCUGCUCUUUCUGAUCUUGAAUCUAAUUUAAGCUAAGCCAGGCGCUUGGUACUGUACAAACAAGUGGUGAGCUAGCAGAACUAACAGUAAGCUAGUUAGCCGUAGUGGUUAACCGUAGCGGUUGCAGAACAGCGAAAGCACUUCUUCAAAAAAUAAUUCACCUCAAAUUUAGCAAAUACUGAAACUGUCUAUGUCAGUAUUUAUGUACUUGCCAUAGUAAACUGCUGUAAUAAAAAAUUUCUAUCAUGUAGCUAAACUAAGCCAGGCAAUUCCUACUGUAGAAGUGAAUGGGUGGAAUGAGUGAAACUAGCAGUAAGCUAGUUAGCCACAGUAGCUAACCAUAGUUGCAAAACAGAAAAGGUACUUCUUCAAAAAACGUAAUCAGUUAGCAAAUACUGCUAACCUGGCAAUAGCCAGAUUAAUAAUUGUGUAGUACUUGAUAGUACUCCACAAUAUUGAGAUUUGUGAACUCACAAAUAUCGCGAGAAAUCAACUUGCUGGCAAGGUUAAAAUACUGCAGCUGUCUAUCCAAGUAUUUAUGUAAUUAUUUGUGAUAUUUAAAAUCUAAACUACUGUAAUAAAAAUGUCUAAUGUGUAGCUAAGCUAAGGUAGGCAAUUGCUACUGUGAGUAAUGGUGAGCUAGUAGAAUUAGUAGUAAUUAGCCACCAUGGCUAAGAAUUGUUGCUAAACCGCUUCUUCGAAAGAUAGUUCACUGAAUUUAGUAAAUACUGGAACCGACAGCUUCAGGUACAUGAACAUCCACGUGUUUGUAGUAGUUCAUGUCAUACUUUAGAUAUGAACUGCUGUGAUGAAAUGUAUAAUGUAUAAUUACUGUAAAUGUAUCUGUUCCUGUGAUUUUUCUUCAAAGUGGCAAAUAGUUUUUUUUUCACUUUUUGUAUUACAAAUUACUCAGACAUAUGUUUUAGUGGUGUUGUUGGGCAGAUUUAGCUUUGUUAAAACUAAUCUAAGCUGAGUUAAAGUAAGCACUUGCUACUAUAGAAUGGGUGGAAGUUGAAGUGAGCUAACACGAUUAGAAUUUGAAUUUAGUAAAUAGUGAAGCAGAGAGCUUUAGGUACAUAAACAUCAAUGUAUUAUUUUUAGUACAUGUCAUAGUUUAGAUAUAAACUGCUGUAAUAAAUGUUCUAAU